AUGGAGUCAGAGGGCGAUGGAGUCAGAGGGUGGAGUCAGAGGGUGGUGGAGUCAGAGGGUGAUGGAGUCAGAGGGCGAUGGAGUCAGAGGGUGGAGUCAGAGGGUGAUGGAGUCAGAGGGCGACGGUGUCAGAAGAGGGCGAUGGAGUCAGAGGGCGAUGGAGUCAGAGGGCGAUGGUGUCAGAGGGCGAUGGAGUCAGAGGGCGAUGUGUCAGAGGGCGAUGGAGUCAGAGGGCGAUGGGGUCAGAGGGCGAUGGUGUCAGAGGGCGAUGGUGUCAGAGGGCGAUGGAGUCAGAGGGCGAUGGAGUCAGAGGGCGAUGGAGUCAGAGGGCGAUGGAGUCAGAGGGCGAUGGAGUCAGAGGGUGAUGGAGUCAGAGGGCGACGGUGUCAGAAGGUGAUGGAGUCAGAGGGCGAUGGAGUCAGAGGGUGA